GACUCUAAUGUUGCUCUCAAAAGCGCCGCUAUCCAACCUCAUCCUCGUUCUCGGACACAGAGUCAACGCCUUUCUUCUCGCACUCGGCGCACUAGGAGUAUCAGAGUUGGAGAGCACGGUUUUUUUUAUCUCUCAACCUCGUACAUCUCGCAUCACACCCUAUCCUCUGCACUCGUGCCACACCUCGCUGGCCAUUCCCCUCCAUCUUCUUCAACACAACGCCUGUCUUCGAGGGGGAUUGUGGGUAUCUUUCUCUAAGCUGUAGAGGUGCAUGUAUU